AGCAGGCUUCAUGACAGUCAAGAAUUCACGAACUUUACCAUUAUGUGUGGCUACAAGGGAUUUAAGGCGCACAAAGUCGUGGUAGCAGCCCAAUCCGAUUAUUUCCGGGUUGCCUGUGCUCACGGCAGGUUCGCGGAGGGGGAGCGAAACAUCAUCCUACUCGGGACACAUGGCGACGAACCAAACGCCAUGGGGGAUGUUGCAGGCGGAGACGAUCCGGAAGUCAUCGAGCUCAUGAUAGGCUUCUUCUACCAUUACGAUUACAUGAUCUCAACAGGAACACCGAGCAAUCGCACCACUGGCUCCUCCCAGUGCAGAAUCACGCAUGCGAAACUCUUCGCGGCCGCGGUGAAGUACCAGGUCCCUGGUCUCAGGGCGCUUGCAUUGUCGAAGUUUGAGCAGGCUGCAAAACUUGCUUGGCAAGACGCGAGCUUCGCAGAGGCAGUGCGCGUUGUGUAUAAAUCCACCCUUGAUGAAGUCCGCGAGCUCAGAGAUGUUAUUCGUCGUACAUCAAUG